CACUCUCUGUCUCUCGUCUCAACUUCGUCUCUCCGGCGCUGUUAAUUUUCCUUUUGCUCUUCCGUUCUUGUUUCAUAUCUAGAGGCGCCGGCGGCUACUCCCAACAUUUGAAACCCCCCGAUCGAACUCAUGUGGAAUCCAGAGGCGCCGCCGGCCUAUUUCCCGCAGCCGCCGCUCCCUACGGUGGUCUCCCACCAACCGGCGGCAGCCACCAUGCUCAUCUACGUUCCAUACAGCCAGCCGCCGCCGACGUUGUACUAUGACAACUACACCAGAUGCUACUACUAUUGCCCUCCAUCCAAUCUCCUCCUCCUACCGCCGCCGCCGCAGCAAGACGUGGAUUAUGUGGCUCCGACCUCCAUAGCUGCGGCAGCAUCACCACCGUCAGCUCUACCGGAUGCUAGUUCGCCUCUUGACGGUCCGCUACUCCCAAAUGGAGAAGAGACAACCGUUAUGAUCAAGAAUAUCCCUAAUCGCUACAACCGGAGGAUGCUGAUGGAGUACGUCGACGGUCACUGCCUGCUCCAAAACCAGAAAGGCAUGGGGAAUGAACAGAGCUGCUACUCGGCAUAUGAUUUCCUCUACCUUCCAAUUGAUUUUGGGAGAAAUGCAAACAAAGGUUACGCGUUCGUCAACUUCACGAGCCCAACGGCGGCCUGGAACUUCUACCUUGCCGCUGACAACCAGCGGUGGUCUCAUUGCAGAUCCCGUAAGCUGGCCACGAUCGUGAGCGCCAAGUUGCAGGGGCUCAACCAGCUGCUCGCACAUUUCGAACCCACCGUUUUCUCCUGCCACUCCGACAACUUUCUGCCCGUCCGCUUCGAUCCACCACGGGACGGCUCCAACAAAGAUAUAGUGAAACAGUGGACGGUAGGGAGGCGCCGCUUCUGACAAACAGCAAAAAAUCGUUAGUUCUAUGGCUCUAUAUAUGCUUUAAUUUCUUCUUAGCUUUCAUUUUGCCUGUUUAGUAUAUAUGCAUAUGUAUGUGAUCGAGUACGUAGUGCCGUAGGUAACUAGCUUGGCUGUGUAAGAUGAGCGCCAGUAUGCACGUGUUUUCCAACAAACAAGAGGCUUUUGUUUGAUAUUAACGUUGGAAAUUUAACGUUUUGAACAAUUAUUAACCUCAUCGAGUUCGAGCAUGGGAUUUUGAUGUUUUCAUGGGUUUUUAACAAUUUACGCUAAGGUACUCCAUGCUAUGGAGGUUUAGCGAGAGAUUAAAAAACUAAUCCUACGAGUACUUUGCUGAGAAAAGGGUAAACUUGACAUGUAGUAGAAAGUUGGUUUUGGGAACUUUUUUUCCAAGUCUUGUGUAAAGUUUUUGCACAUCCGCUCCUCCUAUUGCAUUGGUGCUUGUUGUCGAUAACCAGUUAUUCCAAUAAUUCUAAUUAUUGUGAAAGGUUCAAUUAUGAAUCAUAUAUUAUUUGCUAGCACACUUCCUCAAACGAAAGCUACCAUAUAUGGGGUUGAAACUUGCACGGGAAAAAAAAGCGAGUGCACAAAUAAUUAAUUGGGCCCAAAUCACUUUGUCUCGGGGAGAAUUAAUUUGGGCCGGGGAUCUUCUAUUGGGCGGCCGAACAGAAAAGUCUUGGAGACUAUUUUUUUUUGGGCCAAAGGAAAUUCUGUGUGGGCGGAUCUCUUUUGGGAGAAUAAAAGAAAGAAAAGAAAGGCAGCAGAAGGGUGUUGGUUUUGGGCUGAAAAAGAAAGAGAGGCGGACAAGGUCUCUUUAGCUUUUGGGGGAAAGGCAACACAGGAGCGGAUUUUUUUUGGGGACUUUUCUUCUGUGGGUUUUUGGUCACGGAAAUUCUUUGGGCGAAGGAAAGCAAGGGCGCAAGGCAGCAGCAGGCAGCAAGAGCAGCGCGGUUUGGUGAAUUGGUGAUCAGCUUUUCCAAGGUUUGAGCUGAGUUCAACGAAAGCGAUUAGUUGGUUGGAUUUUCUAAACCGAACUAGUUGUGUAUUGUUGAUUUAGAACAUGAUGAUCAGAACCCUAUCGAUUUAUCUCAAUUUCGUCAUGAACUAAACCCCGAUUUCUGGAGGAAACACCAUAAGAUGUAGCUAUUUCUUGAUUUGAUGGAUUGAUUCAUGAUUCUUUUCCUCCAAUCUCUAUUGCAUGAAAUUACUUAAUGCUUUGUGUUGACUGGCCACCAAUACAAUGAAUCGUAGUUGAUUAGGUUAUUAGCGACAGUGAAACCCUAUUAACUGAACCUGUUUCAUGUGACAUAGUAACUUAUCGAAGCGACAGUGGAUUAAAUAAGGUGCUAUGCG